UGACCUAGAUAAGAUAUCAAAGUGAUGAUUCUUUCAGCUAGCGCUAGGACUGACCCAAACAAUGGUCCCUAUUAUAAGAGAGAGGCGUUUAGAAUGCACUUUCUUUUUCUUCUGUUACAUGCUGACGACUAUUGGGAUUGCUAGUGUCACCACGCUCUGGUUCAUCAUCUUUGUGAUGGGAUGGAUGGGGCAUAUAUCAGAUAACGAAGAGUGAUUUCCCAUGUUUUGUCGGACGUUACUUAGUAUGUAGUUCUAUGCAUUGUCAGAGGUGCUUAGUGCUUAGUGAAUGAGAAAUGG